AUGGUUGAUAUACCGGCACCAGAUGGAUCCACUGACUCACUCCAAGCUUUUAGAUUGGAGCUUGAGUCCUUACUCAAGGAACUUGACAAUAAAGUGAAUCUGGAUGAAUCAGAUUGGUUAAUCCAAUUUCUUAUGAAACACAAAUUACCCAGUGAAAUACUGGAUAAGUUGUGUGUUUUACAUACCAAAUCUUCUCUGACAGUAAAAGAGAUUAUGGAAGGUUUACGCUCAGUCAUAGAAAGACAAAGAGACAACACAGAUGGUAAAUCAACACCUAAACCUUCAUUAACUAUCCAUAGUAGACAAAAGAGUACAAACAGUACUCAAAAUAUAUCUAAAGCAACUACCUCCACCCCAAGGUGGAAACAAGGCAAUGUGGAUACAUAUGCAGUGGGUCCCUCCAAACCUACAGUUAAUGUGUCACCCGAAACGGUGACUCCCCAAGGUGCUGUUAACGUCUGGAGGCCAUGUCUGUUCUGUGAAGAAGAACAUUCCAUGUACAACUGCAAAACCUACCCUGAUCAUGCAACACGUGUAAAACGACUCCAGGAGUUACAUAAAUGCACCAGGUGUUUAAGAUCACAUAAUCCCGACACCUGUGCAACUCAAAUAUGCACCUGCAAUAGGUGCAAUAAGGGUCAACACCAUACAGCACUGUGUGGGGAUUCAAAGACAAAGUCUCCCAAACCACAAGUGGAGGAAGGAACUUCCACUUCAGUACAGCUCUGUAAAGCACUGCCCGAUGUAAGUGUACUAUCAACAAAGUCUGAUAGUACCCACUGCCCAAUUAACCCUUAA